AAGCCUGAGCUCCAUCAAGAAGGACCCAGAACAUCAGACUGCUCCUUCCUGGACAAAGCUUAUAAUUCUCCAUGGCUCUCCAGGAGUCCACGGGGCUGGAUGUCUACCAGACAUAUUUUGAACCCACAACAUACCUGAACUACUACAAGAUGGGCCAGAACCCUGUGGGUGAUGACGUCCUCCAUUUCUCCCUAAAACACUACAACGCCACUUUUAAACCAGCAGGUGGCCUGAGAGGAAAGCUCCUGAUUGACAUAGGCUCUGGGCCCACCAUCUACCAGCUUCUCUCUGCCUGUGAGUCUUUUGAGGAGAUAAUCGCCACUGACUACAUGGAAAAGAACUGCCUAGAGCUGGAAAAGUGGCUGAAGAAGAUGCCAGGGGCGUUUGACUGGUCCCCAGUGGUGAAAUAUGUGUGUGAGCUUGAGGGGGACAGGGACAAGUGGGCUGAGAAGGAGGAGCGGCUAAGGAGAACUGUCCGCCGGGUGCUCAAGUGUGACGUUGGGAAAGAACGGCCCCUGGAACCUGCAGUCCUGCCCCUGGCGGACUGCCUCCUUUCCUCUCUAUGUCUUGAGUCCGCCUGUGUCACCCUGGAGGCCUUCCGAGACGCCCUGCGCCACCUCAGGCCCCUGCUCCGGCCCAGGGGCCAUCUGGUGCUGACCGGGAGCUUUGACUGCACCUUCUACAUGGUGGGAGACUUGAGAUUCACUGUACUGCCACUGACGGAGAAGGUCCUGCGUGAAGCCCUGCAGGAGUCCGGCUUCAUCAUCGAGAGGCUGGAAAAGGCUCAGCGAGGACCCGAGACCCUCUUGGAAAAGUGUUCAGACUACACGGGGUUGUUCUUCCUCGUGGCCCAGAAGAACGACUAACGCAGGGUCCUUGGAAGCGUGUGGGUGUGCAGGGGCAGGACUUCCAGCCCGCAUUCGGCCACCCAUUUGCUUUCCUCUCCCUUUAGCUGGCCUUAUUUAGAACCCUUACCUGCAAAUGCUUUUAGAGCCUCAUUAUACAUGAUUGCCAGAUAAAUAGGGGUAUUUAUCCCACACGGAGUGGUUUACAAUACACUCCACUAAUGGCCCAGGGUUGGGGAAAGAAUUGGACCAGAGAAAUGAGGAUGUGCCUCCUCUAGUUUUGAGGGUGCCUCGGGGUGGCACAGGGUGACGAGGGUAGAGUCCCUCACCAUCUCCUAAUUUAGGCAUUUGGGGACUGCUCACCUUCUGAGCUCAUUCCCCACCUGCAACUUCGCCCCUGCUGAGACUGCAGCACCAUCCCAUGAAAUGAAAAGGACAGAGGUUUUGGCGUCAGAAGACAUGGACUUUGGUACUUGGCUCUUAGCUUAGUUGCUCUUGUGAUGUCAGGUGUGUUGUUAAUACCACAGAGCCUUGUGUCCCCAUCUCUGAAAUGGAAAUAAUAACCCACCUCCCCAGGGCAGUUGUGAGACCCCAAAGAGAGAACAUAAAUACACCUGAUAGAUAAGUACA